AUGAUGGAGCAACCAAACCAAUGGCUUACCCAGACGGAACAGGAGGAGCUAGCUUACAUGUACCAGGAAGAAGGGGGUCCAGUACCUGUACCCGGUAGGGGGCAGCAGUUUGCAGAGCCACCGCUACCUGGCCGUGAAGCGCAGUGCUACACGCCGCCGAUGGCAAUCCCGACGUUCAAUCCAUCUCGCAGCUCCAAUUUCCCGAGCUUUGGGGGCUCGUCGUCAUUGCCGAGCUUACCAUUCGGAUCGGCAAUGGUGAAGAACGAGCUGGGGCAACCGGCUCCGCCGCCAUCAUCCAACUUCCUCUCCGUCGGAGCUGGCCAGGCUAGCACCCUGAGCUUCUCCGGCUGGAAGAGCAAUGGAGUCCAAGGGAUGAUGCAGCAGCUGCAGGCGCCGGAGAGGUGGGGCAGGGCGCCGCAAGAGCACGUCAUCGCCGAGCGCAAGCGGCGGGAGAAGCUGCAGCAGCAGUUCGUGUCCUUGGCCACCAUCGUCCCCGGACUCAAGAAGGUGCGUGACAAGACAGACUGA